GUAUCUUAUCGGAUCUUACAACUUCGGAUCUACGGCAAAAGGAUCCGAAUUUGGACGCCUUGGCUCACUUCGUCGUCGUCGUGGUGGUUUUCUUCUUCUUCGUUUCCAGGCUUCUAGGUGGUGUACCGUGUACAGCAGGAGGUUAAUGGAGUGUGUAGUGCAAGGCAUUAUUGAGACACAGCAUGUUGAGGCCCUUGAGAUACUUCUCCAGGGAUUGUGUGGUGUUCCAAAAGAGCGCCUCAAGGUACAUGAGCUAUGCCUAAAAAGUGGACCAAACCUUGGAUUGGUGCCCUCAGAGGUCCGUCUCUUGUGUGAUUUGGCACAACCAACACCUUCUUGGACUGUUCGACAUGUUGGGGGUGCCAUGCGAGGGGCAGGUGCUGAGCAAAUAUCCGUCUUGGUUCGGACAGUAGUAGAAAGCAAAGUGAGCAAGAAUGUGUUGCGCUUCUUUUACGCCCUUGGUUAUAAGUUAGAUCACGAACUUCUGAAGGUUGGCUUCUCCUUUAACUUCCAUCGUGGGGCUCCUAUCACUGUGACUGUCACUUCUGCAAAUAAAAUGCCGAAGCUCCACGCGACUGAAGAAGCUGUGCCGGUCACUCCAGGGAUUCAGCUUGUCGAAAUUACGGCGCCUGCUGCUGCAGACAACUACAAUGAUGUUGUUUCUGCUGUUUCUUCGUUUUGCGAAUAUUUGGCUCCGCUUCUGCAUCUCUCGAAACCUGGUGUUUCGACCGGGAUCGUUCCCACUGCUUCUGCGGCAGCUGCUGCUCUCUUGUCAAACAGUGGCAAUAAGACAUCCUAAGAUAAUAUGACUAUGAGUAAACAAUUGAAGCCAGUUGCUUCGCUUUUUCUGUUACAUUCUAUAAGUUAUGAAUCUUAUGA